AUGGAAACUACCCACCAAACUCCAUCUUUCUUGGUAAUCAGGAAGGAUGUUGAGCUUGUUAAACCCUCAAAACCCACACCUUCAGAGAUUCUCUCUUUAUCUACCCUUGACAACAAUCCACCUCUUGAGCGUUACACUCAUGUCGUAUAUGCUUACAGAGCUAAAUCUAAUUCCUCCAAUCAUGUUAAUCACAAUAACCAUGUUCAUGAUCAUGUUGCAUCAAAUUUCGUUGCUGAUAAAUUAUUGGAACCCGCUUGUAUGAUCAAGGAAGCUCUUUCCAAGGCUCUGGUUUAUUACUAUCCUCUGGCUGGGAAGCUGAGAAGGGACAGCAAUGGAGACCUUAGAAUCACUUGCAAUGCUGCUGGUGUGCCUUUCUUGGUUGCAGAAGCUGAUUGUCAGCUUUCUUCUCUACGCUACUUGGAUGGGAUUGGCAUUGAAACUUUGAAACAACUUGUUUCUGAUUUUCAAUCCUAUGAUGUUGAUUCUGAUGGUUACCACCCUAUAGGAUUGCAGGUGACAAAAUUUUCAUGUGGUGGUCUUACCAUUGGCUUGUGUUUGUCACACUCAAUCUGUGAUGGACCUGGUACAGGACAGUUCUUGAAAGCCAUGUCUGAGUUCACAAUGGGAAAGAUGGAGCCCACGUUGAAGCCUGUUUGGGACAGAGAGAGACUAACGGGAAAAACCAUUGAAGCUGUACCUCUCAAUUCUACUGAGGGUGAGGCUUUUUCUUCAGCAACUUCACCAUAUUUGCCAACUUCUGAGCUUUUGCAUGAUUGCGCUUAUCUGACAAGUGAGAGUAUUAAGAGGCUCAAAAUGAAAUUGAUGAAGGAGAUAGUGGAUAGUAAUGAAGUUCCAAGCGAAAGUUUCACCACUGUUGAGGUACUUGGUGGUUUUAUUUGGAGGGCAAGGGCUAGAGCUUUAAAUUUAAACCCAGAUGGAAAAACCUUAUUCGUUUUGACCAUGGGGAUAAGGAAUCACUUUGUUCCGCCAUUGCCAGAUGGGUAUUAUGGAAAUGCUUUCAUUGGUUCAAAUGUUGUUGUAAUGGGAAAGGACCUCAACGAACAACCGCUUUCUAAAACAGUUCAGCUUAUCAAGCAGAGCAAGAAAACUGCUUUCCAAAAUGAUUAUAUUAGACACUCAAUAGAUGUUACGGAAACAACUAGGAAGCAGAACAAAAAGAUCGAAUCUACAUGCCCAAACACGGUUUUCACAGAUUGGAGACAUUUGGGUCUGUUGGAAAUAGGAUUUGGAUCAUGGGAAGCAGUUAACAUUGAACCAAUUCCAUGGAACAUGUCUGGUCAUGUGGAUUUGUGUCUUUUAAUGCCACCUGCAAAGUUGGACCCUGCAAUGGAAGGUGGGGCUAGGAUACUGGUUUCCCUCCCUAGGCCUGCCAUGGCCAAGUUCAAGGAAGAAAUUGAUUCUCUUAAGGUUGAAGAUGAUGAUUAG